AUGAAAAGCGAAUAUAUAUAUUUCGAGGGAGAGCAAGUAAAAGCUCACAUCGAAAGUAAACUCAAGAGUGGAAAUGCUGAACUAAUGUCAGACUCUGAACAACAACAGUCGGUCGAUGACUCAACAUUGUCGAGCCGCAGCGACCCAGCCACGAGUGUGUCCAGUGAUAUACACAUGAAAGAGAACGAUGCCGGACGUAGAGAGUCAAAUGAAACGUUUUGGGCAUCAAUAGCGAAAAGUAUAUAGCAAAUGAAGCCGUUAUUGACCAGAAUUUGGAACGUGACGAGGAUCAUUCACACAAGGAGUGUUCAACAUAUGCAAAUUCACCUAAUGCAUCUCUGCUUGGAAGGCCAUCAACUUUUGAUAAUCCACAAAUUGCUGAGACAAAAGAUUCAUUUAAUUCCCGUGCGUCAGCUAAUAAAGCUUAUACAAAAUAUUCUACGUAUGACCCAGAAAUUCUCAUGUUAAAAUCCAAAUUUGAAAAAUUUACUGACAACGUGGUAACAAGGCUAGACGAGCUCGCUUUCGAGAUAAACGUCGUAAAGGAGAACAAACCGUAUUCGAUCGUAACUCUGGAAGGAGUCAUUGAUGAAUUAAAGAAAGAAAAGGCCGAGUUAUACAGGAAAAAUGAGGCACUGCGAGAGAGUAAUAAUAAUAUGCAACAAACUAUAUCACAACUCAGCCAGACAAAUAAACAGCUUGAAGAAGAGAAAUCAAGUUUAGUAACAGCCAUUAAAAUAAUACAAAAUGACUUUAAUCAGCAGGCUAUCUCUAAAAAGAAAAGUGGCGAAGCAAGAGAAGAGAGUGGUGGUGGCAUUGAUGAUAAUAUGUGGGAAAAAUCUAAGUCAAAGCAUGGUGAAAAUAGUAGCGUAAAACCGGUGGCAUAAAACUAAAAAAUCAAUAUGAAACCUUAACCGACAACAAUCCUGAAUCUUCAAGUUCAUCAUCUGAUAUCGAAUCUGACGAGGAACCAAAUGAUAAGUUCAAAAGUUCAACAAAAGGAACCCAUGUUCGAAGACAAAAAAAGAAAUUGAUAGAAAAUGUCAAAGCUGAUAAAACAAAGAAAAAUAAAGAUGCAGGUGCUGACAAGAAAACGACCACCAUUAUUGUGGGUGACUCUAUGGUCAAAUAUCCUAAUGCUAACAGACUUAUAAGAUCAAUGCUAACUGGAAAUCACAACAUACACGUAGAAACAUACAGAGGGUCAACUACUGAGGCUAUGGCUCAUCAUAUUAGGCCAUGCUUAGUCAAGCAGUCAGCCAGCUGGUGUUGAUCAUGUUGGUAUGAGUGACCAUAGUUUGAUUAACAUUCAUAGAAAAAUAUCUAUCCCCCGCAAACAACCUAAAAUAAAAAAUACUCGCCAGUUCAAACAUUUUAAUGUAGAGGCUUAUAAACAGGAUUUAGCCAAAAUCCUUCAAAACCAACCUGAAGAUGGCAAACCAAACAUACUUUGGGAGAACUGGAAAAGAAAAUUUUUAUUAGUGGUGGAUAUGCAUGCCCCUCCAGUUACCAGGAGAGUGCGGAGUGAGCAUGCACCUUGGUUAAUAUUGGAAAUUAAAAAGAAAAUCUAUGACAGGGAUUUUUUAAAGAAAAAGUCAAUCAAAACUGGAUCUAAUCAUAAAAAAGCUAGAAAUCAAUUAAAUAGUUUGAUAAAAUCUACCAAGGCCAAGUAUUAUGAAGCGUUGAACCAGUGUAGAAAAGACCCGAAAACAAUGUGGAAAACUAUAAAUCAAUUAACAAAUACAAAAUCUAAGACGACAAAUAUUAAUGAAUUGAUAAUCAACCAAGAAAUCGUAACACAACCAGAGAAAAUAGCCGAUUCCUUGAAUACCUAUUUUAAUGAGAUUGGUACUGUUUUGGCUAAAGAUCUACCAAAAGGCAAUAAUUCAUUUGAAACGUAUGUCGUCCCUACCGAUAAAUCAUUUGAAAUUAAUAGAUUUUCAUCAAUUAAUGUCAAAAAUGUAAUUUCGAAAAUUAAUACUUCUAAGGCAACUGGACAUGAUCCAAUAUCACUGAAACUUUUAAAGGAUAGUGCUGAUAUUAUAGCUGAGUAG